AAUCGUUUUCAUAUUAUCUGAUAGGAAAUGGAACCAUCGAAUUUAACGAAUUUUUAAGUAUGAUGUCUAAGAAAAUGCACGAAACCGACAGCGAACAAGAAUUGAGGGAGGCCUUCCGUGUCUUUGACAAAGAUGGUGAUGGUUACAUCAGUGCUACCGAAUUGCGCCACGUAAUGACUAAUUUAGGAGAGAAGUUGACCGACGAAGAGGUAGAAGAUAUGAUCAAAGAAGCCGAUUUGGACGGUGAUGGAGUCGUGAACUAUGAUGAAUUUGUCCUGAUCCUGACUCACAAAUGAGGAAAAUGAGAGCAACGUGAAGAGUGCCUGCGAUAUUUUGUAUAUUUUGGAAGUACCCGCACAUCCAGCUUCUCUCCUCAAGGCCUCCGCCUUCCUCUCACGGAAGACUUCGUUGUCAGCGACGUUUACGGUUUGUUACUCACCAGAUGUGUUUAAAUGAUCUCCAAAGUGUGAUUAAUGUUGUUGACGUUUUUUUCACACCGACUUAUACAUAACAUAGAAUAUAUUUCUGUUAAUAAAAUCUUUAUUGAAAUGA